CCUAGCAGAGCGCCCGCCACUACGAAUAUCAGACGCCCUUCGGUACGGAGAGCUCUCAAGCUCCUCCUGAGCUCGACCCAACGGAAGACCCAUCGCUUUAUACACCAUUCACCCGCCACCAACUUCAAAAUGGCCUGGCGAAGCUCAGGCGCCACAAACAAAGACCUGGUCGAAAAUAUGUGGCGGCACGGCCUCAUCAAAGACCAGCGAGUAAAGGACGCCUUUCUCAAGGUUGACCGGGCACACUACGCUCCCAGUGCGCCGUACGAGGACUCUCCCCAGUCCAUAGGCUACAAGGCCACCAUCUCGGCGCCUCACAUGCACGCUAGCGCAACCGAGUCUCUCCUCUCGUAUAUCCUGCCCUCCGAUCAGAAGCCCGCCCCACGGGUGCUAGAUGUCGGCUCUGGCUCGGGGUACUUGACGCACCUCCUUGCCGAGCUCGUGGGGGACAAAGGGGUCGUCGUCGGCCUGGAACAUAUACAGGCACUGAAAGACAUGGGGGAGAGCAACAUGGCCAAGAGUACCGAGGGGAAGGCACUGUUGGACAGCGGCAAGGUCAAAUUCCGGGUUGGUGAUGGACGAAAAGGCUGGGUGGAGGCGCCGAGACAGGGGGAGGACGCCGGGUGGGAUGCCAUUCACGUCGGAGCCGCUGCGGUGGAGCUUCACCAGGAGUUGGUGGAUCAGCUCCGGGCACCUGGGAGAAUGUUCAUUCCCGUCGAGGACGAUAAUGGCUACGAUCAGUACGUCUGGGCCAUUGACAAGAAGGAGGACGGGUCCGUUGUAAAAGAGAAGCUGUUCGGGGUUCGAUAUGUACCCCUGACCGAUGCUCCCAAGGCGUGA